GUAGUAGUAUUAUGUAGUCUAACUGCUUCAGAUGUCUCUCACACUGUGACUCUUUUGAAAGAAAAAAGAUUCACAUCAAGGUGGCAGUGAUCAUGUGAUCAGUGUUACCCUGCUGGCCAAUCAACACAAGUUUUUACUCUGAAGAGAGGAGAAAGUGUCGGGCUGUUUGUCAUUCAACACGACAAUUUCAACAUGAAGACAUCUCCGAAGUUCGUUCUCUACCUGACAUGUUUCUUCUUGGGGAAAAUGGUUCAAAUGCAUCAUUUUAUCUUGUCUAAUCACGACAGCGUAUUUAAAUCAGUUAAUGUUGGAGACAACUUGACUUUGCAGUGUUCAUAUGAGGAGAGGGACAAUAGGAUGAAUUGGUACAAACAAACACCAGGACAAAAACCUCGAAUUAUCUCAAUCAUCUACAGAUCCAGUAAAAGCAUCUCAUUAGAGAAUGAAUUCAAGGAAAGUCCACGCUUCACUGUGGAAACUAAUGAUGUUGUGAGUCACUUAAAUAUCUCAGAUUUGCAGCCUUCAGACUCAGCUACUUACUACUGUUCAAAGAGAGAGAUAUAUGUGUUUGAGUUUAUGCAGAGCAUCACUGUCAGUGUGAAAGGUUCAGGGUCUAACAUCCAGGCUGUGGUGCAUCAGUCUCAGAGCAUCCAGCCAGGAGGCUCUGUGACUCUCAGCUGUACAGUUCACACUGGGACCUGUGAUGGAGAACACAGUGUUUACUGGUUCAAGAGCUCUGAAGAACCUCAGCCAGGACUCAUUUACACCCACGGAGACAGGAACGAUCAGUGUGAGAGGAAACCAGACACACAGACAAACACCUGUGUCUACAACUUGUCAAUGGAGAGACUGAACCGUUCUCAUGCUGGGACCUACUACUGUGCUGUCGCUCCAUGUGGACACAUUGUAUUUGGAGACGGGACCAAGCUGGAGUUUGAUGAUGAAGUGAACUGGCUGGUGUAUUUCCUGAGUGGAGCUUUGGGAUUAACCAUCAGCCUUUUGCUGGCUGUGUUACUGUACAAGAUAAACAAGAGAAGAUGCUGGAGAUGUUCAGAGUCUCGUACACAACCAUCAUCUCCCUCCACAACAAAUGCAGAGGGCAACCAACAUGCAUAUGACCUCCAUUAUGCUGCAGUAAACGUGAACGUGGCCAGCAGAUCAAGACGACAGAGGGACAACACAAACGAUGAAUGUGUGUACUCAAGUGUUAAACUCUAGAAUUGUUUCGUCUGGAACGGUCUAUGUUUGAGAUGAGGGAUUUCUCAGUCUUUCUUUAGAGGUGGAGCAUGAUUCUUGUCUGUUAUGCUUUUUCUUAUCCUUUUUCCAAAUAUAAAUGGCUUUUUUUGUGAUUAAUGAUAAAAAAAAACUCGAUGUAAUUACAGUAGGGCUGCUCGAUUAUGGAAAAAAUCAUAAUCACGAUAAUUUUGGACAAAAUUUAGAUCACGAUUAUUCAAACGAUUAUUAAUUUGUGCCCUUAUUCUGAAGUCUAUGCUUUAUUUUUUUUAAUCACGUCCAGUUCCGGUAACCACUGAGGACGGCUGCAUGUCUUAUACAUCCCUGAAACCAGGCUAUCGGUGCCCGGUUAUUCAAACCCUUAAUGAUGGCAACCCUAACACUCUUUGACCGACUGGCUGGCGCGGAGAAAUGCGGGUCCGGUCUGACCGGUCUGACCAGCCAGGCGGGAUAGCGCUUGAGAAUAGCGUUGCGCGGCGCGGCCGCUACAUGGUCUUCUGCUGCACUCCCCGCUUUUUUCACCGCCGAUCACCACACACAACUCGCCUCCUUCACUUUACUGCUGCUUGAGAGUGAGUGCCGGUCAGCUGGGCCGCUGAAAGCUUUAGGGGAAGGACUGAAUUGCGCAUGCGCGUCUCUUUCAAAAAAAUGCAAGAUAAUCGUUUCAACUCGAUUAUAGUAGUUUGGAGAUUGUUUGACCCCAUAAUCAUAAUCAUGAUUAAAUUUAGAUUAAUCGAGCAGCCCUAAAUUACACUUUUAUGGUUAGACAAUGUGUGUGUGUGUGGGGGGGGCGGCUGCGUCUCUGAUCUGCUGUGUGUUCACAUAGGGAGUGGGUCUACUGAGGAGCUGCUACGUGAGGUUAUGACUUCUGUAUUUACUUCAAUAAAAGAAGGUUUGUUCUCAACUAACUGCCAGGACUCAAAGAUAUGAAGCUGUGCAUCUUCUGGUCCUACAACAAUAACAAUAAAAAUCUGGUAUAAAGAAUUGAAUGGAUUCCGUGGACAGAAACGCUACAGUGCUUUUUAAGUUGAAAUAGCUACAGGAAGUGUUGCAAAUAUUUUUAUUUGUGACAGAUUCAACAGACAUUGAAACCGCACACAGCAUAUGGAGGAAAUAGGCGAAACCCGAAGCGCUGCUCUACUGGGUCCCGUGGCCGCCCUGACCUGAGCGACAUAAUGAAAAGACACAACGUUCUGUCACAUUUCCUCCAAGAGAGGCGAGAGGAGGUUUAGCAUGUGGACACAAACCCCUGCAGAGUUGAGACCCCAUUUAAAGUUUGCCUGUCAAUACUUACAAUUUAGUUUGUUGCCUCCAAUCAUUAAAGGGGACAUAUUAUGAAAAUUCCGCUUUUGUAGUUUUUCUACAUGUUAAUGUGAGUAUCUGUCGUGUCUACCGUCCCAAAAACUCUUGGAAAAAAAAACUCCCAAGAUUUAUUGUGGUUCCUCUAUGUAAGAAACUAUACGCUAGAGUGCGUCAAAUGGGAAUAUGACCAGAAUUGACGUCACAGGCAGUCUACAGCCCCCCCCCCCCGGAGGCGGAGAUCUGGCGGAGGAGGAGACAAGGGUAAAUUACGAGCCACAGCACCCUCCUCAACUCGAGGCGGCGGUUGUUAGCUGGGGAGCUAGCCGAGGGGGGACGCUAACCAGCCGGGGAGCGGGGUGAGAGGUGGAGGAAACAGAGACUGCGGUCGGGGUAAGUUACGAGCCACAGCCCCCUCCUCAGCUCGGGCUUGCUGGGUGAUGUCCGCGGGCUGGUGGCUCCAUGUCAGUGGCUCGCUGGUGGACGUGUUGGUGUUUUUUCUGGGGACGUUUCGGUGUUUGUUUACGGGUAGCAGCAGCAAGCUAAUGCUACCUUCUAUGUUCCUGUUUCGCCCCGGUAGAAGCAGCAUGUAUGUGUUUAAAGUUGCAGCACUUUCUGGAAUGGUGGCUUGUGCACGUAUUUACAGCAGUAUUGCAGGGAUAUGUGGCACCCCACCUGUGGAGAUGCCGAUGUUAGCUCCGGGGACGUGCCGGUGUUAGCUCCGGGGACCUGCGGGUGUUAGCUCCGGGGACGUGCCGGUGUUAGCUCCGGGGACGUGCCGGUGUUAGCUCCGUGGAGGUGCCGGUGUUAGCUCCAGGGACGUGCCGGUGUUAGCUCCAGGGACGUGCCGGUGUUAGCUCCGGGGACGUCCAGGUGUUAGCUCCAGGGACGUGCCGGCGUUAGCUCUGUGGAGGUGCCGGUUUUAGCUCUAUGGAGGUGCCUGUGUUAGCUCCAGGGACGUGCCGGUGUUAGCUCCGGGGACGUCCUGGUGUUAGCUCCGGGGACGUCCUGGUGUUAGCUCCAGGGACUGGCCGGUGUUGGGAACCGUGUCUCUGCCGCUUUGGCCAUUUAGAUGCUUUACAUGUAUCAGCAGCGAGCUAACACUAGCUUGCUGCUAGUUUGUGUUUAAAGUUGCAGCACUUUCUGGAAUGGUUGCUUGUGGACGUAUUUACAGCAGUAUUGCAUGUGGAGCUCCACCCGGGAAGCAUCGGGCUGGGAGGUGGGGAGAGAGAUCCCAUUUCGGGUCCGGAGUGGAGGAACAAUGCUCUCGGAGUCUUAGCUUCUGUGUGUGUCUAUCUUUGUUUGAAAAUAGCACCGGAACGUGUUCCAG